CGGGACGAGAGCGAUUAGUGUACGAACAAGCCAGUCACGGAUAGUGGGAGGUCGUAGUGCAGUGACAGGCGCAUGGCCAUGGCAAGUUAGCCUCCAAAUGGCAUAUGACAAAACGCAUCUGUGUGGAGCAACGAUCAUCAAUCAGAACUGGCUUUUAUCAGCCGCUCACUGCUUUCCUCAUAGCCGAGGAUUAAAUGUGAAGACACUUUGGAGAGCUGUGAUAGGGCUGCGGGAAAUAGAUAAGCCCGACAGAUGGACGGUUACACGGAAAAUAGAAAAAAUAAUAGCACACGAGAAUUUCCUGAACGGCAGAAACGAUGUUGCGGUGCUUAAAGUGGACGAUCCCAUCGUAUACGGAGACUACAUCAGGCCAGCCUGUUUACCAACGCCUGGAAAAUUCCGGAAUGAGAAGUGGGCCCACUGUCAUGUUACAGGAUGGGGACUUAUGGAAGAAAAUGGCAGACUCUCACGCGUUCUUCAGGAGGCUGCAGUUCAAUUGAUUCCUUUAGAAACUUGUCAACAAAGCGACUGGUAUGACCAUAAUGUAGAUGAUAAAAUGAUCUGUGCUGGUUUUGCGGGUGGAGGUAUCGAUGCCUGUCAGGGUGACAGUGGUGGGCCGUUGUCGUGCAAGCAGAAAGGUGGAGAGGAUUUCUACGUGGUUGGAAUAGUUAGCUGGGGUGAAGGCUGUGCGCAACGUUUUAAACCGGGGGUUUACACCAGCACCAGCGCCUACGGAGAAUGGAUCAUGGAAAGAACCGGGAUGCACACCGCCCAAGUGAUAAGUGCGCCGGAUCAGGGAGAGAGCGUCGCCGUCGUAGAGAGUCAGACAUCGUCCUUCGUGACAGAAGCAGCACCUGUACACCAAUUCGCCACGUCAGAGCCCGUAUCAAUGGUGCACAGAAACUCACCUGGACAAACAGCUCCCCUUUUAAAUCUGCUUAUUGUUUUAUAUCACUUUUGUAUUAGUUGUUAUUCCUGAAGUUAAAGAAAUAUAAUGAAAAUGAUUUUCAGACAGAAACAUAAAACCCUUAGUAUGACUGCUGUUGCAUCCAUCCUUUAUUAAACC